CGCAUUCUUAUCUUCGCUACUCAAUUUCAACUGUCACGCACGGCGGCGCGUCACAGAGCGUCACAUCAGUGCCUGGAUCGCGCACGGUCGCGUGAAGGUCGCCCCACCCCGGGAUACCGAAGUCGGCGUCCCUUUUUUCGCCUCCAUCAUCGCACGGAUUCGCACCAUGGCCGAUUCCACGCUGCGACAGCGCAGGCCCGCCGAACAGCCCUCACCCCCGGCCGAGGGCGCGACAAAAGAAAGGGAGAAGGGCAAGGAGAAGGGGAAGAACGAGGAGGGUGGGCUCUUGGCUUUCAUUGGGCUCGUCGGCGGUGUGAUUGUCAUGAUCAGCUUGGCUGUCGUCGCGGGGAAGACUUUGUACAAUUCCAACCCAGGCGAGUUCUUCAAGCCCAAAGCCAACGCCGUAUGGCAGGCAGUGCCAGGCGUGGAAGAGCCGUGGGAGGUCAACUUCUCUGCGGACACCGAGAAGCGGGAUGCGGUGGUGCGCGCGUUCAAGCACGCGUGGCGGGCUUAUUCGCGGGACGCCUUCGGCUCUGACGAAUACCACCCACUCAGCCGGCGUGGCUCGAACUUGACGUCUGCUGGAGGUAUCGGGUACACCGUGAUCGAUGCGAUCGACACGAUGCUUGUGAUGGGGCUAGAUACCGAGUAUCGACAGGCCCGCCGAUGGGUCGCGGAGAAACUCGACUUCGACAAGAAUGGGGAGGUCAGCACGUUCGAGACGACCAUCCGUGUUCUCGGCGGCCUGCUCUCAGCAUACGCUCUUGCUCCUUCAGAGGACGACAAGAAGCUGUUCCUCGCUCGUGCGACCGAUCUCGGCGAGCGCAUGCUCCCUGUAUUCAACAGCCCGUCCGGGCUGCCGUACUCCUUCGUCAAUCUCGCUGAGCGCAAGGGCAAACCAGAGCCAGGUCUCGGGAUGCUCGUGAGCACCGCUGAAGCCGCCUCGCUGCAGCUCGAGUUCCGGUACCUGGCUCACCUCACAGAUCGCGGCGAGUUUUGGGACAGGGUGGAGAAGGUCAUGGACGUGAUCCGAGCAGCUAGGGUGGGCGACGCCUUGGUGCCGAUCUUCAUGAGCAUGCCUGCUGGGAAGUUCAUGAAUGCGGAGAUCCGCCUUGGAUCUCGAGGAGACUCCUACUACGAAUACUUGCUUAAGCAGUAUAUCCAGACUGACCGCAUCGAAGAGGUAUAUCGCGAGAUGUACGCCGCGGCCAUGGACGCCAUCCAUCGCAACCUCUUCUUCCGGAGUAACGACAAGAAACUGCUGUUCGCGGCAGAAAUCCAUCCGCGCCGUAAUCAGCACGAUACUAAGUCAACUUAUGUGCGCAUCCGCAAACAGGAUCAUCUCGUGUGCUUCCUGGGUGGUUCGCUGCUACUCGGCGCAGUGAAUGCCCACGCGCCUCAACUCACGGUCUCGAUACCACCCAUGGCUCAAGAGCUGACUCCUUUCGGGAAGCGUGACUGGUCAGCGGGCAUGGACCUGGUUGAGAGUUGUGUGGACACGUAUCGGACUCCCUCGGGUCUAGCACCUGAGAUCGUGCAUGUGCGAGAGACCAUCGAGAAAGGGGACUGGUUUAUCAAAGGGGCCAAACCUGUUGGGGAGCCGCCGGUGUAUGAUGCAAGAUACAUCCUUCGCCCUGAGACAGUCGAAUCUCUCUUCAUUGCCUGGAGACUGACCGGGCACCCCAAAUUCCGCGACUACGGCUGGGAGAUCUUCCAGGCCAUCGAGAAACACUGCCGCAUUCCAGACGGUGGCUAUGCGGGUGUGCUGAACGUCGAGGCUGUUCCUGUGGAAUGGGAGGAUAAGCAAGAGACGUUCUUCCUUAGCGAAACCUUGAAGUAUCUGUAUCUCCUAUUUUCGGAUGACAGUGUGAUACCGCUGGACGAAUUCGUCUUCAAUACGGAGGCGCAUCCGCUACCGAUCUUCAGCCCCAACAGAAUGCAUGCGGGGUAGACUCUUGCUGUAGGUUUUAAGUUAUCACUACUACUAAAUAUUGCUUGACGAUGAGUACUCGUUAACGUUAAAAACAUGAGGAUGCGCUCAUUAGUCUGUUGCUCCGAUACCAUGUCACAGUAAAGGGAAACCCA